AUGGGGUCUUUAGCUCUCGCCGAAGAUGUCGUUCUCCUGGUUAUUCCAAUUGCAAAUGUAUGGCGAAUGAUGCUCACGUGGACUGAGAAGAUUCGAAUUACGAUGUUAUUUGGACUUGGUGGGAUUGUAUGCAUCUUUGGUAUCUUGCGCGUUGUUGAGCUCGUCAAUUACCAGGCCGAUAAUUUAACUGCGGAGCAUUCGAAGUUACAUGGGCAGUUCUCGAGAUAA